UGUAAUUAAUAGUAGGAUUUUGAUUGUAGUUUUGUUGGCAAUUUCUAUUGUUUAUGGAAAUGCAAGAAGUCUAUCGAAAGAAGAAUACAUGGAAUUGAAGGCACAGCUCAAGCUUCUUAAUAAGCCUGCUGUCAAGAGCAUUCAGACUCAACAUGGUGAUAUCGACUGUGUGGACAUGUAUAAGCAACCUGCUUUUGAUCAUCCGUUACUGAAGAAUCACACAAUUCAGAUGAGGCCAACUUCCUAUCCAGAGGGGAUGGGAAAUCAAGACCCUUCAAAUGCCAAUCUAGAGAUUGGGCUUAAAGAUGAUGGGUGUCCACUUGGGACUGUACCCAUUCGACGGACUAAAAUACAAGAGUUAAUGAGUGCAAAAUCUCCCUCUCAAUUUGGUAGAAAAAAUCUGAAAAAUAAACGACUCUCCUCCACAGUUGGUCAUCAUCAUGCUAUUGCAAUGUUGUUUAGUCAGGUGUAUGGAACCCAAGCGACUAUGAAUGUGUGGAGCCCACAACUUCAAGAUCAAGGGCAAUUCAGCCUGGCCCAGUUAUGGCUUCUCAAUGGCCAUGAUGAUCAGCUCAAUAGCAUAGAGGCCGGAUGGCAUGUAAUUUCCAUCUACCUAUCCUCGAUGUCCACUCCAAUUAGUUGUAAUAGUAGGAUUUCGAUUUUAGUUUUGUUGGCAAUUUCUCUUGUUUAUGGAAAUGCAAGAAGUCUAUCCAAAGAAGAACACAAGGAAUUGAAGGCACACCUCAAGCUUCUUAAUAAGCCUGCUGUCAAGAGCAUUCAGACUCAAUAUGGUGAUAUCGACUGUGUGGACAUGUAUAAGCAACCCGCUUUCGAUCAUCCUUUACUGAAGAAUCAUACAAUCCAGAUGAGGCCCACUUCCUAUCCAGAGUGGAUGGGAAAUCAAGACCCUUCAAAUGCCAAUCUAGAGAUUGGCCUUAAAGAUGGUGGGUGUCCACUUGGAACCGUACCCAUUCCACGGACUAAAAUACAAGAGUUAAUGAGCGCAAAAUCUCUCUCUCAUUUUGGUAGAAAAAAUCUGGAAAAUAGACAACUAUACUCCACAACUGGUCAUCAUUAUGCUUUUGCAAGUUUGUAUAGUCAGGUGUAUGGAACCCAAGUGACUAUGAAUGUGUGGAGCCCACAACUUCAAGAUCAAAAGCAAUUCAGCCUGGCCCAGUUAUGGCUUCUCAGUGGCCCAAAAGAUGAGCUCAAUAGCAUAGAGGCUGGAUGGCAUGUAUUUCCUGGACUGUAUGGCGACUCGGUUCCACGGCUGUUUGUAUAUUGGACAGCAGAUGGUUACACAAACACGGGCUGCUACAAUCUAAAGUGCCCUGGUUUUGUACAAGUUAGCAGAGAUAUAGUCGUUGGCUCUAUCAUACAACCAUCUUCUACCUACAACGGAGAUCAAAUAGAAACAACCUUCCUAGUAUUCAAGGAUUCAAGUACUGGUAAUUGGUGGCUGAUAUACGGAAACACUCAAGUGGGAUACUGGCCUAAGUCACUCUUCACAAGCUUAGCUGACAGUGCCUCUCUAGUUGAAUGGGGUGGUGAGGUGUAUACUCAAAGCACCCAAAACCCACAGAUGGGUAGUGGCCAUUUUCCUGACGAAGGGUUCAAAAAGGCCUCUUAUAUGAAAAAGCUGAUGUUUGUGGACAACACCAACACUUUAAGAGACAUCCCCAGUAACAGCUCCCUCUAUCAAGAUUUGCCUCAGUGCUACAGGGUGAUUGAUGGUGGUAACUUAGGUGGGGAUUGGGGUAGGAAUAUCUAUUUUGGUGGGCCAGGUGAAUGCUAGAGUUGUGAUGGACGGUUGAUUUUCAAUGUUUUUAUGCACUGUAAGCUUGACUCAUAUAUGGGUUUUCUAAAUAAGUAAUAAAUAAAUGGGGGGAUUUA